UGUGCAAGCAACCAUUGCUACGGCGGCUGCUCUUGCUCUGCAGCUCGAGGUUGCAGCAAGCAACCAUGGAUGCAGACAGGGACCCCGUCUUCCCGGUGCAACAGAUGCCGUCGCUGCUGUUCCCGCCACCACCGCCCCGGCCACUGUCACUCGACUCGUCUUCUUCGUUGUCGUCUUCUUCCUUUGUGUCUCACCAUCCGUCCAUCACGAGCUUCCCGAUCCUGGUGCUCACCGUGCUGGGCAUCCUCACCACCUCCGUCCUCCUGCUCACGUACUACAUCUUCGUCAUCCGCUGCUGCCUCAACUGGCACAGCAGCAGCUCCUCCGACACGCCGGUGACCGGCCUCAUCUCCCGUCGCCGCCGCGGCACAGUCCCCAGUGGCCUCCCUACAGUGGCCGAGCCACGAGGACUGGAGGAGGCGGCCAUCCAGUCCCUGCCGGCUUUCAGGUACAGGAAGGCCCUCAAGAAGGACACUGCUGAUUCCAGCGAGUGUGCUGUGUGCAUCAGCGAGUUCCAAGAAGAGGAGAGGGUCAGGCUCCUGCCCAGCUGCCUCCAUGUCUUCCAUGUGGACUGCAUCGACACUUGGCUCCAGGGAAACGCCAACUGCCCACUCUGCAGGGCAGCCAUAGCGACCAACAACAGCCAGCUUCCAUGGGAUCACCUCCUGAGACCUGAGGAGGUAGUCAUUCAGGUGAUAACCGGUGCGGAAGACGAAGGCGAUCAGGUACAGCUGCUGGAGGCCAACACAGCAGGUUCUGAUCCUGCAGGUGAUGCUACUACAGAUCAACAGGUCAUUAGUAAGAAAAGGAAGAACCAAGAUGCAUCUCAUGUCAGCAUCAGUAAGGGAGAUGAGUGCAUUGUAGAGAGGAGGGACAGAGAGGUUCUUCCAUUGAGGAGGUCCUUCUCCAUGGACUCACUGGGUUGUGCGGGAGAGGUACACUUGCAGGUUCAGAACAUUCUGCAGAAGAGCACCCAGUUUCAUGGGGAUAUCAGUGACAGCAGCAGCACAAUCACACUGUAGGGAUUACUUGGCCUGCAUAUUCUUGGGCCAUUCCUGUGCAAAUUCUUUUGGUGAUCUUGUUCACCAAUUUCUUUUCUUUCCUGCAAAAUGCAUGCCAAUUUUUUCUUUAAUGGACACCUAUAACAUGGUUUGAGUG